AUGAACAUUUUGUUGUGCCUAAUUUGGAUCCUUGUAUACAUAGCUGACGACAGAAGUAAGGCACAUGUACAGUGCAAAGGACAGAAUGACGUAAAUAGAGCGAAGCAGACGUACUUAUACAGCCUAUUGAAGGGUAAAGUACAAGAUCGAUAUGCACACCAUCGGAAUUUUCUACUUUAUAAGAGACGGGCACUGUUCCAUAUACGCAUACCGAAGAAGAAUCUGGAGAGGCAGAACCUAUUCAGCAAUGAUAUCCGCUAUAAAAAAAUUAACAAAUUUUUGGAAAAUAAAAAGGCAAACAAGUUUUAUUUACAUAUAAAUAAUAACAACCAUGCAAUAAAAAAAAAGAGGAAUAAAAACAAAACCUUGCAACUGUUGUUUGAAAAAAAACAGUUGUUGCAAGAAUAUUUGUUCAACUUAAAAUCAUCCUUUAUGGAUAAGUAUAGAAACACAAAAAUUGUAACUAAGCUUUUUUUAUCGUCCGCUUUACUGAUGCUAACCCUUAACCUCAUUGGAUUAAAACCAGAAGACAUCGCUCUACACGAUAAAAGAAUAAUCAGAGCAUUUGAAUUUUACAGAAUUGUAACAUCAGCAUUGUUUUAUGGUGACAUAUCACUAUACGUGUUAACAAAUGUGUAUAUGUUAUAUGUGCAGAGUCAAGAGUUGGAGAAAUCUGUGGGUUCACCUGAAACGCUUGCUUUUUAUUUGUCUCAAAUUUCUAUCCUCUCCAUAAUUUGCUCCUACCUAAAGAAGCCCUUCUAUUCAACAGCACUCCUGAAAUCGCUGCUCUUUGUAAACUGUAUGUUAAAUCCUUAUCAGAAAUCUAAUUUGAUUUUUGGAAUAAAUAUUUACAACAUUUACUUACCCUAUUUGUCCAUCUUUAUUGAUAUUUUGCAUGCACAAGAUUUGAAAGCUUCCCUGUCGGGGAUACUGGGCGUGACCAGUGGGUCCAUUUACUACCUUCUGAAUAUUUAUGCGUAUCAAAAAUUCAACAAAAAGGUUUUCGUAAUUCCGCGUUUUUUGAGGAAUUAUCUGGAUUCUGUGAGCACGGACGAUGUGCUCUAG